AUGUCUUCCCACCCCGACCAACCCCCACUCCCUCCAGCCCCUACCGCCCCGACUUCAGGAGGACGGUCAAACCCCGCCCCACUCAACAUCCUCGUCCUCCUCCCUUCUGCUGUGGCUCCAUCACCAACAUCAACAUCAGCGGGGCCUGUGGAUACUUUCCGGCCUACGCGUCCGGGUCAGAGCCCUGGGGGAGGCGGAGGAUUGAUGAGUCGUUCGUCGAGUUCGAAAGUACCGACGUUAUCGAGUUUGCGCGAAUCGGCGUCGGCUUCUACCUCUGCUUCUGAAGAACGAGGUGCCGAGGUAGGAUCUGGAGGAGAUAACGGAGCUGGGGGGACACCAGCAGCGGUGGAAAAAGUCGAAAGCAGCUCAAAGGUGGAAGAAGAGAUCCAAAAACAGAUCAUUGCUGGGCGGCGACUGAGUCUAGGAUCAGGCCUAGGAGCGGGAUCUCUGGGAGUUGGGUCAAGUGGUGGAGGGGCAGGGAAAGCGGAAGAUCUGUCGAUCAACGUCCAUCCGCCUUCAUCGUUCCUCCACUCCCACGCCCCGGGCCAGGGUCCGAGUCACAAACCGUUACUCUCCCCUCUCCUUUCGCCUACAGCGACAUCCCCCGGAUCCACACCCGCCCAGGGAUCUUCCACGUCUGGCUUUGUACCACCACAACCACCGACGUUGGCUGCUCCUCCAUUUGGCGCCAAGUCCCGGCCUUUCGGCUCUGCGUCCAUCUCUGGUGCUGCAGGGAGUAGAUCGCGUCGGCGCCCACAAACAGCCACCGGCGCCUCGGGCUUCGACCCUACUCCAACAGGCGCCCCAGGAUUAUCCGGCAUAGCCCCAGAAUUACUCGCUGGCACGACGAGCGCAAGGGCGAGUUUGGCGGUAGCGAGCGGCGCAUCGAGUGCUUCGCGCCCUGGAGCGGGGUGGGAGGCUGAUGAGCUUGUUGGGAACCUAAGGGGAAGUGGUUUAGAAGUGACCGUCAUCCGCGCGUUGCCCCAUCUCACCACUAUCCUCAACCCCCCCAACACCAGCACCGCCUUCACCCCCCACCCCAUCAUCACCCGUCCCAACGACCAGCCCUUGACCAACAUCAUCCUCGUUCCCCUCGCAGACACUCCCUCCUUCCCCUCCCUCUCGCUCCUGACGAACCGCGGCACGACGCCGACGGCAGUGUUUUUCCAGCAGGAUAUAUUGAAUAGGGCGAGGAGGGCGGAGGACAAGUGGUUGCAGGGUGCUUUGGCGCAGAUCAGGAGGGUGGGGGAGAUGUUAUCACCGGAUAUCACAAAAGAAGCGGAGAAACCGUUGAUCAUGGCAUACAGCGCCAACCCAGCGUUAUCCCAAAACGCCAUCUCCGCAUGUCUCUCUGUCGGCGCUAUUGGUGUCCUCCGCCCGCCUUAUGGCCCUGAUACAGCAGGUAUGGUGAGAAGGAUGGCAGAGUCGUAUAAAGACGGCGGGGUGGUGGAUUUCCAAUCACCGUUCCAUUCUGCUUCUCCCGCUGUGGGUGGCCGGGCGGAGAGUGUACAUUCGAAUCAUCGGUCGUCGUUUUCGGCAUCAGCCAUGCCGGGUGAAGAAACGUCUGUCGUCCUUCCGCCGACGGCACUAUCCAUGGGCGGAGGGGAACAAGAAGGCGAAAGGGUGUUGAGCGCUGCGGUGGGAUCGUCUAGGAGGGGAUCGACGAGCUCUUGGUCGGUUCAUUGCGAUUCGAAGAGAAAUUCGAUAUCGUUCGAGCCGUCUUUGCCCGGGUCGGCAUCGAGGAAAGGGUCAGUCCAGUAUGGCGUCAACUUUGCGUCGGACCCCUUUGGCUCGGCAUGUACAUGCGCCUCCCCCGCUCUUCUCGCCCAACACCCAAAGCACACCAACCUCCAAGACCCACCCACCCUCCUCACUUCAAAAGGCCCACUCCAAUCACCAGCACCGACAGACGCUUUCCCGUACCUAUACGACCAAGCAACCGUCUUUUGCGCCAGCCACCCCGGGGGACAGGGACAGUUGAAGCCAGAUCCGAGGAGGAGGAGUGUGGAUGUUGGUGGGCUGGCGUUGGCGAUUAAAAGGGCGAGUCGGUUGUAUGAUACGGCGGCGAUGGAGGGCGGGGUACCGGGUAUUGGUAUCGUAGCGCUGAAAUCGUUCUCUCUCAAUGCUGGGACGGGGGAUAAGCUGGGGCAGAUACAUGAAGGCUACUCGUUUCCUUCCGUAUCGCCCACCACCGACAUCACGGAUCGCAUAGACCAUAAGUCACCGACGAGUCCGGGAAUAUGGACAGAGACGAGUGCGGAGAAUGAUGCGUGGGGGAAAUAUACAGAGCUGGCAGAGUUGUUGAGUGCGUUGUAUUAUCAGACGGGGGCGACUGUUGAAGUGCAGAUGGAAGAGUAUGAGCUGCUGUCGAAACCUUUGACGAACGAGGAGAGAGUCAGGUUGGUGGACAAGAUUACGACGUGGGACUUCAAGCCGCAUGAUUUGGAAGAAGGCGAUCUUUACCGUGUCGCCUGUAUCUUAUUUGAGGGGGUUCUGAACACCGAAGGUCUAGCGCAUCUUGGCCUCGAACGAGUAGAUAAAGUCAACCGCCUCCUCUACGCUCUUCGCGCAAUCUACCACGCCCCUAACCCAUACCACAACUACGUCCACGCCAUCGACGUGCUUCAAGCGACCUAUACUUUCCUCCUCGACAUUGGUGUCGUCCCGCCCUUCGACUAUCUGCGCGAGUGGCCGGAUAAGGACCAAGGGGUCAAGGAAGCUUGGAAGAGGACGAAGGAGGGAGGGGAGAGUCAGGGGACGAAGAGGGCGAGAGGGUUGAUUAGGCCGCAGGAUGUGCUGGCGGUGCUUGUUGCUGCUAUGGGGCAUGAUGUGGGACAUCCCGGGUUGAGUAAUGCUUUCAUGAAAAACGCCAAAGUACCGCUCUCACAAGUGUACGAAGACAAAUCCGUGCUCGAAAACAUGCACUGCAUGCUCGUCGUGCAGCUCUUGCGCAAGCACGGAUUCGGCUUUCUCAUCGAAUCCUCCACCCCGUCCUGCCUGGCGCGCGCCACCGAGAGCGGGAUCGACCAGAAAGGGUUUAGGAAGGUGCUUUAUUCGUCGAUAUUGGCGACGGAUAUGAGUCUGCAUUUUGCGUGGAUUGCGAGGUUGAAAGAGUUUGAUGAGCGGUUGAGGGAGGGGGUUGUGGGAGGGGAGGAGGAGGAGAGGGUAUUGAUUUGUCAGGCGUUGAUCAAGAGUGCAGAUAUCAGUAAUCCUAGCCGACCGAUAGACGUAUCACAUCACUGGUCAUCUGUGCUGCUCGAAGAAUGGGCCAAACAAGCCUCACUUGAACACGACCUCUCCCUCCCCGUCUCCGUCGUCGCCUCUGCCGACGCCGCCCUCCAAGCCAAAGGCCAAAUUGGUUUUAUCGACCUCUUCACCAAACCCCUCUUUGACGCCGUAUCCGACGCUCUCCCCGAACUGCAACGAUACGCCGAUAGCUGUGCCAACAAUCAAGCAGUGUGGAAGGCGAGACUGGACGCGUUGAUGGGGGAUGAUGAGGAAGAAGGGGAGGCGGCGAGGAUGGUAGUACAGCCCGUGAUUGAGGGGGCUAGUUUGGAUGGGCGGUUUAGGACGUUGUUCCCGUUAUUGUUGCCGUCGGCGUUACUUGCCAAUCUCAACGAUAAGACGGCGGACGUUACACCCCGAUCGACUUCUCCCUUGCCUCCAUCUCCGUCUAGGCCGCUGUUAUCACCCUUCGCCCCGCCGACACCGUCUACGUUCAGUUUCAGAUUGGAAAAGAUGAUGGAGGGCACACCGGCGUCACCGACGGCGAAUGUGAUGAGGGCAGUGUAUCAUGGCAAGCUGGUGGAUCAGCCGACGAGGUCAAAGUUGACCAGCUGGUCGAGAGGGUUCGGGCAUGGGCAUGGGGGAAGUGGGAAUUGGAACGAGGCGAGGAGGAUGUCGACGCCGGAAGUGUUGACGGGGAGAGAUCAGCUCUAA